AUGGCAGAAACAGAUCCGGCGCUGCUGCACAUCCUCAAAAACGUCGCCAACGAGACGAUCCUGUACUUUUCCAAAGCGACCUGGCUAUGGGAUGAGAAACCAGUCCAAGGCUACGUGGGUGUGGGAGAGUACGGAUUGCAGUUUUUCACUCGAAGUUUCACCAAAAAGCAUACGGCUUGUUUCAUCUCUUACAGCGUGAUCGAUUCGGUGUCAGUGUACAAUGGGACUUCAGACCAGUUAUUUUGUUUUAAAAAGCGGCAUGGCGAGCACUGGUUUUGGCAGGAGGAGCGCGCUUGGGGCUGGAUCGACGAUGGGUACAGUUUGCUGAAGCAUUUGGAGUUGGCGUACCUGGCAUACCAGGCGAGCGACGUGGGAGUUCUGUGCGACCUGAAGGUGUUGCGCCCAACGGACGUGCCGCGUCUGGUUCGUGACAGUUUCCGGAGUCAGUUGGAGCCGAUUGUGACGUUGAAGGGCUGGAGCAAGUGGCGGCGCGUGUCGCAGAGCGGGUUCGACUACUUCGUGCCAAGUCACUGGGUGGCGACGCGUUUCGACCGCUUCAGUGGCAGUUUCGAGGACCCGUCUCGAGGGUUAUCGGUCUGGGUAGAGGUACAAGUCCCUAGCUAUAGUGGCCAGGGCGGGGACACGGGGGAGGGUAGCCAGGGCAGUUUCCUGGACUUGGUGCAGGAUGUGUUGGAGAUGAUGUCCUAUUCGUACCCGCGACUAAUUGUGGAGCAGAACCGGAACGUGAUCAAGAGGAUGAACCUGAGUAAUGACAGCGCGGCGUGGCGUAUGCGCGAACUGAUUGGGGUCCACGACGACGGCGGCGUCUGUUGCUACGUCCUGCGUCGCAGUCUCUGCCCGCCGUUACGCGAGACGGUGCAGGACAUCGUGAUCCAGGCGAACAUCGACUUGUCCAUUGUGGGUCGCAGAAAGAGAGGUGGGGAUGAGGAUGAGGAAGAGGAAGAGGAGGAAUGGGAUGACGACGACGGUCCCGACCCGGCGGCCAUCAUGGUGGACGUGCGGGCCGUCGCGGACUCCCUUACGCCUGCGCGCGGCCUAACGGGCACGUAUGACGACUUGAUCGAAUGCAAGUGCGAUACGCUCCUGUAUCCGCCGGCAGCCCUCGAUUGGCUUGGCACUCAGGCUAAGGUGCGUCCUGCAGUCUUGGACGCGCUGGUGCCCGUAUUGAGGGUGCUGAUACUGGAGCUGUUCCGCAAAACACAUGUACCGGUACCGAAAGAUUUGGAGACCAAGCUCGCUAUGAAGCCCAGGGACCAGUUGGAGUACGACGUGCAGGGCUAUGAUGUGGCGCAGCAGCUGCGCUACUUGAUGGAACGGCUCGUGUACAGCCCGGCCGCCACCUCGGCGCUGUACUUUGGUAUUGAUACUCUCAACGAUCGCCACGCCGAGCUCAUCCACCUGCAUAUGUUCCGCAUCGCGCAGUACCUCGGCCGCCUCCUCAGUGGUUCGCUCGCCGGAGAGGAGCUACAGGUUGGAGACCUGCUUGCCACCGUGGACAAUGCCGACGAUUUCGACCUGCAGAUACUCAGCGAACUGUUACUCUUCAUAGUCCAUGCACGCUCUGCCGAUUUCACACAGCCAUUUGAUCCCAAGACGUCCUGGACAGACCUACUUAACAUUCUCUUCACCACCAACGUUGAGGCUGGCGGUGGAGAGACCCAAUGGACCACCAAACAAGUCUGGGAAGCCAUACAAACCUACGCCCCGGAAAAGAAGACCGUGCCUGUCGCAGCCAUCAACCGUCACGUCAUUAAUGCCCACUUCCUAGCCAUGCUCCUCAAUCGUCACACCUUCGACAAACUUGCUCGACUCAUCCAAGCCGGAUCCGAGGGCGCUACCGCCGAACGGACUCUCGCUCCUUUCGACCUCUGUCUCAAACUACAGUGCCUUGUACUCAGCAGCUCUGCGGCCGACCUCCGCUCCAAAGCUGAAAUCCUCACGAACCUUGUCACACUCGUCACACUGGCAGACGACCUCGAAGCCGACCAACUGCAAGUCGUCCAUCAGUACGCUGCACCCGCCGCCGUUACCAUGCUCAUGUACUGCACGCAACAUCCGGUAAGCACGCCCCUCGCGCUUGCCCCCACCAAAGUCCCCUCUAAUUUUCCGUCCCAUGUGAGUCACCGUCCCAUGUGA